GGCACUCGAAUUUUCUUAAUGCUUUCUCUGCGUGCAAGCCAACCUCAUCCAUCAUCUUGUACGGCAAAACCCAUCAUUACCACAUUACCCUUCUUUCUCUCUCUUGGGAUUGCUUGUGUGUGGGGUGCUUUAUAUAUAACUAGUCCUACGCCUGUGGUUUCUAUUACCAUUACCUCACUUCUUUGCAUGACUUCCUAAACUCUCUCUAUACUCUUCUCUCUUCUACACUUUGCUCUACCCUCUUUCCCUUCCCUCAAGUACUAUCAUACACAUCACACACACAAGCAAAAACUCUUGCUUUCCUUUUCAAGUUCUUAAACUCAUCACUUACCUCAGGAGUUUGCAUAUUUUCUUUGUAUGGAUGGAUCCUUCCAGUGGACAACACCAGCAAAUGUCUAGCCAGUCAUUGGAGAACAUGUUGGCAUGUUCAAAAGCACAGCAAGAGAGGAAGCCAAGGCCUCAGCCAGAACAGGCUCUGAAGUGUCCCAGAUGUGACUCCACCAACACCAAAUUCUGCUACUACAAUAAUUACAGCCUCUCCCAACCAAGGUAUUUCUGCAAGUCCUGCAGGAGAUAUUGGACCAAAGGAGGUACACUUAGGAAUGUCCCUGUGGGAGGAGGGUGCAGGAAGAACAAAAGGUCAUCAUCAUCAUCAUCUUCAACAUCAAAGAGAGUUCAAGACCAAGCAUUCACACCAAAUCCUAACUCUCUCAUUGGCCUUCCUUCAUUGUCCUAUGACUCAAGUGACCUCACUCUUGCAUUGGCAAGGCUUCAAAAGCAGUCAUGUGGGCAAUUGGGGUAUGAUGAGCAUGAUCUUUCAAUGUUGGGGAACCACCACCCAAGCACCCCAUGUGAUAAUAUCCUUGGCAUGCAUCAUCACUCAUCAUCAUCCACAAACCCAGGGUUCUUGGAUGCCCUCAGAAGUGGGUUCCUUGGAACACAAAGUAGUAAUAUGCAGCAGAAUCUGUACUAUGGAUAUGGGAAUGGAGACAUGGGGGAGGUGGACAAUGGAAAUGCUUCUUGUGGUGGAGAGAUGAUGAUGAUGCCUUAUAAUGAUCAAGAAAUGAGUGUUGCAUCCACACAGGCAGUGACAGUCACCACCAUGAAGCAAGAAAUUUGCAAUGGAAGGGAACCAAGUAGUGAGAGUAGGGUGUUGUGGGGUUUUCCAUGGCAAUUCAAUAAUGCUGACACAAACAUGGGUGAACUUGACUCAGGAAGAGCUAGUUGGAAUGGCAUCAAUUCAUCAUGGCAUGGACUUCUCAACAGUCCCCUAAUGUAGACAACACAAGGCACUACUGAUAAUUUUAUUUCCUUUCUCAUGUUUUUAUUAAAAAUAUUAUUAGUCUAAUUAGGACUUUCAAUAUCCUUUUGAGUGCUGGGUUAAUUAUAGGGGUUUGGUUGAUUCCCUUGAAUCAUCUUUUCUUUCCUUUUUUUUUUCUUGUUUGUUUUUCUCUUUUUUGCCCCUUAAAUUGUCAAAUUUUUUGCGCUACUACUAUCUUUUUAAUUGGUGAAUAGACUAAUGAAAUUCAGAGGUUGUUUGCUAACCAAGUCAAUGAAGUUGGAGAGAAGUAGAUAUAGAGAAUCAAAAUCAUCAUUUCCUUAUUUGACAUAUGAGAGAGAGAGAGAGAGAGAAUGAGAGUGAUGUUUCAUGGUUUAAUGCAGCCUGAUCGAGCCUGAACAGUUAGAAUCAAAUUUUCAGGAGCUUUGGAUUUAUAAUUAGUGUGAUGGUUUCAAGUUAUUCUUCUACGAUUGCAUCUUAUUCUCACCAGGUAGAUUCUUAGAACAUGUUUUUGUACUGACAACUGACUACUAUAUAUUAUUGAAAUGCAUUAUUAAAUUAAAUUAAAGUUGUUACCAAUGUAGUGAAUGUGUACCAUUAUAUCAUAUGAUAUAUGAUAGUGGAGCUGAAUCAGGCGAUUAGAAUUUUAGAAUAGAAAUUUCAGUGAAGCAUGAGCGCCAACUUCGGGAAGGAUUUUGUCCCUCUUUAGCACUUGGCAGACCAUAUCCAACUUAGGAUUUGGGCGUGAGGAAACGUCAGUUGUAAGUUUGAAAAUAAUUUCAAUUUGCCUCAGUAAUCAAUGACAAUGAGCUUACAUUACUACAUCAUAGUUUGAAAUUUUUUAAGAGGACGUGGUUCUGCGGCAUAAAAAAUUCAAUGGAGUCAGAGGGAGAAUCUGAUUUGUUUUGCUGUCACUCUUUGAGAAUUCGCUCUUUGGGUAUGAAAAUAGAUAUAUGCAGCUGUAUAGCAUAAUUGAAGAAGUGUUUUUUCCUCCUAGUUUAGAUGAGAUUACAGUUUUGUCCUUAAUUAAGGGUAGAGGGAUUGGUGGCAGGAGAUGGGCCUAGGGUUGAUCUUUAAUUAGAUGAUUAUGAUUAUGAUAUGACAAAUUAUAAUAGGACUAAAGGGACUAUAUUUUAAAUUAUGUCAGCAAUGAACAAUAUUUUAAAUUGACCGUCA